GGCCAUAUCUUUGAUACUGUGUGUUUGUUCGUUCCUCUUUUUUCUCAAACAUCUUCUCUCUUCCAAACUUCAAACCCAGAUCAGAUCAGAUCUAAUCUUUCAUUUACCCUCAUCAGAUCUCAUCUUUCUCUUACCCAGACCCAGAUCAUGGCCACCACUUCCGCCCGCGACGAGAAUGUCUACUUGGCCAAGCUUGCAGAACAGGCCGAACGCUACGAUGAAAUGGUCGAAUUCAUGGAGAAGGUCGCCAACGGCCUCGAAUCUGACGAGUUAUCCGUCGAGGAACGCAAUCUUCUCUCCGUUGCCUACAAGAAUGUGAUUGGCGCUCGCCGUGCCUCGUGGAGGAUCAUCUCAUCCAUCGAGCAGAAGGAGGAGUCUCGCGGAAACGCAGAUCACGUUGCUUCUAUUAAGGAAUAUAGGGGAAAGAUCGAGACCGAGCUUUCUUCGAUCUGUGAUGGAAUCCUGAAACUGCUUGAUUCCAAGCUGAUUCCUUCCUCUGCUACCGGUGAUUCGAAGGUGUUUUAUCUGAAGAUGAAGGGUGAUUAUCAUAGGUAUUUGGCUGAAUUUAAGACUAGUUCUGAGAGGAAAGAUGCUGCUGAGAAUACCCUUAAUGCCUAUAAGGCUGCUCAGGAUAUUGCAAAUGCAGAGCUGCCUCCUACUCAUCCAAUUCGACUUGGAUUGGCUCUUAACUUUUCUGUGUUUUACUAUGAGAUCUUGAAUUCACCCGAUAGGGCUUGCAGUCUUGCAAAACAGGCCUUUGAUGAGGCAAUUGCUGAACUUGAUACUCUUGGAGAGGAUUCAUACAAAGACAGCACUUUGAUUAUGCAACUCCUUCGUGAUAACUUAACUUUGUGGACUUCAGACAUGCAGGAGGAUGGAGGUGAUGAAAUCAAAGAAGCAGCUGCAGUUGCAGCACCCAAGAACGAUGAGGAAUAGAACUGAAAUUCUUUGUCUUGGUUUAUUAUUUAGGAUAUUUAUUUAAAUGACUUGGUGUAAUGAACCAUGAAUCUGUUUUCUUUUUUUUGUUUUAUUUCUUUGUUUCAUCCAUCUUCAAGAUGUUGUUUUUCGAAUUACUAAGCUGAUUGUUUUCAGUUAUAAUGUUAUCAGAUGAGUGCAUUAGCACUCUAUCUGUAUUGCUUAACUUAUUCUCUGUGCAGAAUGAAUGCAUUGCUCCUAUUUCUGCAAA